AUGGCUCGGCAACAUGUCGUGGCUGACAUAAGCUGGUUGGGACCUUCCAGGCCUCACCGCAUGAGGAGCAUCAGAGCAUUCCAGAUGCCUCUGAGAACCCCCGGGCCAAGGAAUCACAAGCUUUUGGUUCCUCGGAGAGCUCCUUUUGCCGCAUCCCCCACAUUGUUCGCAGCUCGGUUCAACACCAUGGGUGAGAAUCCACCAGAGGAGUCUCCUUUUCCCCUCACCGAGGUGGACAAGUGGAUUCUAUCACAGACGGACGAAGAGUUCAAGAAACAUGACUGGGAAGAUCUCAAGGGUAUCAUUGAAGCAAACAACCUCUCUGUCUUGAAACGCAAGCCAUCUGAUCUGCGCCGCUACAUGAAAUGGACAGCAGAGACAAAGGCUGAAUAUGGCUCCAUGACAAACUACCUCCUGGCCAACCGGCUGCCCAAUGCCUGGGGCCAGCCACCAUUCACACCGGUGUCCAAUGUCCCAUUCAAGGACCCCUCGGAUUACCGCGUCUUGAUCAACGACUGGCCAUAUGGGCUGGAUCCGGAGAUCCGCCACAUUGUCGUGUGGUUGCGCACCACCAUCCCCACAGACCCGGAGACAGGGGACAUGACACCGGAGAGCAGGGCGUUGGUGAAGGCUUUUGUCAAGGAGUAUUUUGUCGACACCUUGGGCCCAGACGGAGAGAGCCGAGUGUUGUGGUUCAAGAAUUGGGUGGCUCUUCAAAGCGUGCGCGCUCUGGAGCAUAUCCACGUCCUGGUGCGAAAUGUUGACGAUGAUACCAUAGAGCGAUGGACUGGCGAGCGGCCGCGACAGAGCACUUAG